AUGUCGAAUCUAAUUCUUAAUUAUUUUUUGGUUUCUUGUAUUCUCAUGUUCUUCAUUAUGAACAAUGUCAAAGACGUGGAAGCUAAUUUGACUCCAAUGGGUUGCGGCGGCAGCGGGAAGGAUCUUUUUAUGGGGGGAUGCGGUCCUGACGGAAACAAAACGUGCAUAAACGAAUUUGUUAAGAAAAGAGGUGAAGCCAAUAGGCCUGAUAGUUGCAAGUGUGAUGAAUUUAGCAUACAACAUUUAUGCCUGUGUAAUUCUAAUUGCUAG